AUGGAGCCGAUGAUGCUAGUCGGAGACAUUGUCGAAAAGGAGACAGCUCCUGCGAAACCCGUCGUCUUUGACGACAUCGACGCCGCCCCGACAGGCUUCCCCGCACACAAGAAGCGCGCAGCCCGCGUCUCGGCCUUCAAGCAGCAACGGCAAGGCAAGCCCACGACAGGUGCGCAAGCCGCGGCCGCGACCUCCUCGAUCCAGCCAAAGUCCCGCGACGAUGUCGCCGCAGACUCACAAAAGUCUUUCGAGGCCGCCGAGCGACGGAGAAUCGACCGCGAGAAUAGGCAGAAACUGGAGGAUAUGAGCCCGGAGGAUAUUGCACAGGAGAGGCAGGAGUUGCUAAACUCUCUCGACCCGUCCCUCAUCCAGCGCCUUCUCGGAAGGGCCAAUAUAGACGAGCAGCACGGCCCGAAUCCCUUUGAUCCGCCCGCGGACGAAACCAAGAGAGAGCCGCCGGCACCAACACCAGAGAUCAAGAUCGAGGACACGUCUGUGCCGCCGAAACCCAAGCCAGCACCAAAGCCCACUACGGUUCCGAAAUCCGUCUCAUUCGCAGACGAAGAAGAAGAAGACCUAACGUCAAAGGCACCGCCAAAGCCCCCGCACACACACGAAGACAAGGCCCCCGCCGCUCCUCCGGCAGACCUCUUCCCCCUAAACGAUCAGCCCGACAAGACGCACUUCCCACAGGCGCCCGCCCUUCCCGACCUCGACCCUUCGCACCCCGACUUCCUCCAGACCCUCCACGAAAAGUUCUUUCCCAACCUCCCCGCCGACCCGAGUAAGCUCGCCUGGAUGGCGCCCAUCCCGACGGCCGACUCCCCCGCCGACCGCGAAUCCCCCUACUACCCGGGCCAGUCCUCCCUCCCCAUCGCCGCUCUCCGCUUUGACUUCAAGGGCGGGCUGAUCCCACCCCGCCUGAGCAGGUCGAUCCCCACGUCAAAGGGCCUGCACCACCACGGCCAGGCGCCCGAGGCGGCGGGGUACACGAUCGAGGAGCUGGCCAUUUACGCGCGGAGCGCCGUGCCCGCGCAGCGGUGCGUCGCGUUUCAGACGCUGGGGCGGGUUUUGUAUAGACUGGGAAAGGGCGAGUGGGGCAACGGCGAGGAGGAUAGUCUGGGGCGCGGCAUCUGGAGCAGUGUGCAGGAGGGACGCGUGUUGGAGAGCUUGUCCGAGGCGGCGAUUGUGGACGGCGGUCACAGGGGGAGUCGGGCGUAUGCGACGGAGGCGCUGUGGUUGUUUGAAAAGGGCGGGUGGAGGGAGCAGUGGUCUGGUAGAUAG